AUGGAUGGUAUAUACAAGAUUCGCACAUAUUAUGCUCGCUUAAUAUUUGCCAAAAUUCUUACCCCUAUAAUUUGUACUAUUGGAAUUGUUGUCAACAUCAUUAACAUUAUUGUUCUUACUCGAUCAUGGAUGAAAUCGUCGACAAAUGUGUACCUCACCGCAGUUUCAGUAUCCGAUAUGAUGUAUCUUUUCUUUUCCCUACUUUUUACUCUAUAUGUCUAUCCAGCAUUUAAUACAUCAGCUAUAUAUAUGUACGCCUUGCCAACAUUUCGAGGAAUAGCCAAUCUAUUCAGCAAUAUUACUACAUGGCUCACACUGAGUUUCACUAUUGAAAGAUUCAUAAACAUCUCCUAUCCCAUAUUCGGUCAUCGGGUGUGCACUAGAGGAAAGGCCAAACGAAUUGUAUUGGGAGUUUGCAUAAUAGCCUUCAUUCUCACAUUUCCAGACUUCCUUCAAUCCAGAAUUAAGCCACCACUUGAUUCUAAUGGUACAUUAAUACCUGGAGGCAGAUAUGAGCAAACAGAUUCGGAUUACGCACCGGUACUGAGGAAUAUAGGAUAUGUGUAUAUAAAUCAACUAGCAUUCGUUAUUUUACCAUUCAUUUUACUGGCUGUAUUCAAUAGUCUCCUUAUUCAAAAAGGCCUAGAAGCAAAGAGAACUCGUCAAGGAAUGUCGAAACAGAAAUUGGAUCGUCAUCCUAAAGCUCAAUAUGCCUCAAAAGGUUUGGAAAUUGCUAAAAGCUGUCUAACCGCAACUGUAGCUGUGGCCCAAAUUCGAAACAAUAGUACCAGAAAAGCAAUAUUCAGUGAACAACAGAGGAUUACUGUUAUGUUAAUUUCUAUUGUAGUAGCAUUUUUAAUUCUUCAAACACCAAGUACAGUCAUUUCAAUUGCCAUCCAUAUCCUCACCGAGGAACAGAAAGCAGAUGAAAACUUUUUUUCCAUUCUUGUGGUUGUUUCCAACAUCUCUAAUGUUUUGCUAUUUAUUAACGCAACUCUGAAUUUUGUCUUUUACUCCUUGUUUUCCGUCAAAUUUCGCACCACAUGCAAAACUAUUUUAGGACGGAAAUGUUGCGGUGAAAGUGUGAAACAAAACAGACCCAGAUUGUACAACCAAACCCGAUAUGGUGAAAGAAGUGAAGACCUGACCACAGCCUAUCCGGGGAGAGAAAAUACCACAAAUUCUUUGGAAAUUCAGAGACUAUCGAUAUCUUGUGACCCGCCGUUGGACAAGGCGUUACAAGGGAAAGCGGGAUAA